CAUCACGGCCACGGCGGGAGGGGCGGCGCCGCGCACAUCACUUCCUCGGCGCCUCCCGCCCGCGCGGACUGACGGACGACUGGCGGGCGGUGGACGGCGGAGAGCGGCCCGCGGACCGGCGCGGGGCGGCGCGAGGCGGCGGAGCGUGGGGUGCGCGGCCCCCGGCCCUCGGCGCCCCCGGCCCCAUGGCGGGUCCGGCCCCGCCCGCCGCUGACGAGCUGCUCGGCCCUGCCCGGCGCCUCUACUCCAGGAUGGAAGCCUCGUGUCUGGAGCUGGCCCUGGAGGGUGAGCGGCUGUGCAAGGCUGGCGACUUCAAGGCGGGCGUGGCCUUCUUUGAGGCCGCUGUGCAGGUGGGCACCGAGGACCUGAAGACGCUGAGUGCCAUCUACAGCCAGCUGGGCAACGCCUACUUCUACCUGAAGGAGUACGCCCGGGCGCUGGAGUACCACAAGCAUGACCUGUUGCUGGCUCGGACCAUCGGUGACCGCAUGGGGGAGGCCAAGGCCAGUGGGAACCUGGGCAACACACUCAAGGUGCUGGGCCGCUUUGACGAGGCCAUUGUCUGCUGCCAGCGGCACCUGGACAUCGCCCAGGAGCAGGGGGACAAGGUCGGGGAGGCGAGGGCACUUUACAACAUUGGCAACGUGUACCACGCCAAGGGCAAGCAGCUGUCCUGGAACGCAGCACAGGACCCUGGGCACCUGCCGCCUGCCGUCCGCGAGACGCUGCGCCGGGCCUCCGAGUUCUACGAGAGGAACCUGUCCCUGGUGAAGGAGCUGGGCGACCGGGCAGCCCAGGGCAGGGCCUAUGGCAACCUGGGCAACACCCACUACCUGCUGGGGAGCUUCACGGAGGCCACGACCUUCCACAAGGAGCGCCUGGCCAUUGCCAAGGAAUUUGGAGACAAGGCGGCAGAGAGGAGGGCCUACAGCAACCUGGGGAACGCCCACAUCUUCCUGGGGCGCUUCGACGUGGCCGCCGAGUACUACAAGAAGACUCUGCAGCUGUCCCGGCAGCUCAAGGACCAGGCGGUGGAGGCGCAGGCCUGCUACAGCCUGGGCAACACGUACACGCUGCUGCAAGACUACGAGCGCGCCGCCGAGUACCACCUGCGGCACCUGCUCAUCGCCCAGGAGCUGGCCGACAGAGUGGGUGAGGGCCGGGCGUGUUGGAGCCUGGGGAACGCCUAUGUAUCCAUGGGGAGCCCAGCACAGGCCCUGACCUUCGCCAAGAAGCACCUGGAGAUCUCCCAGGAGAUCGGGGACCGCAGUGGGGAGCUUACGGCCCGCAUGAACGUGGCGCAGCUGCAGCUGGCUCUGGGCCGGCUGUCCAGCCCGGCAGCCGCGGAGAAGCCAGACCUGGCCGGCUACGAGGCCCAAGGGGCCAGGCCCAAGAGGACACAGAGGCUGAGCGCGGAAACCUGGGACCGGCUGCGGUUCCCCCCGGAGCGGGAGCAGAAUGGAGACAGCCACCCCGCGGGGGACUGGCGGGGGCCGGGCAGGGACCUGCUCCCCCUCCCCGUGAGGAGCAGGAAGUACCAGGAAGGGCCGGACGCUGCUGAGAGGAGGCCCCGGGAGGGUGGCCACUCCCCACUGGACAGCGCGGACGUCCGGGUGCAGGUGCCUCGUACGAGCAUCCCCCGGGCCCCGUCCUCCGACGAGGAGUGCUUCUUUGACCUGCUGAGCAAGUUCCAGAGCAGCCGCAUGGAUGACCAGCGCUGUCCCCUGGAGGAGGGUCAGCCCGCGGCUGCUGAAGCCACGGCCGCCCCCACCCUGGAGGAGAGGAUUGCCCAGCCCUCGCUGACGGCCUCCCCCCAGACCGAGGAGUUCUUCGACCUCAUCGCCAGCUCCCAGAGCCGCCGCCUGGACGACCAGCGGGCCAGCGUGGGCAGCCUGCCCGGGCUGCGCAUCACCCAUAACAAUCUGGGCCACCUGCGUGGUGACGGGGACCCCCAGGAACCGGGGGACGAGUUCUUCAACAUGCUCAUCAAGUGCCAGUCCUCCAGGAUCGACGACCAGCGCUGCCCGCCGCCGGACGUGCUGCCCCGCGGCCCCACCAUGCCCGACGAAGACUUCUUCAGCCUCAUCCAGAGGGUCCAGGCCAAGCGGAUGGACGAGCAGCGGGUGGACCUCGCCGAGCCCGGAGGAGGUGGGCGGACCCCCCGAGUCCCGGCAGCAGUGCCAGCCCGGCGCCAGCUAAGGCCUCGCACCCACAGCCGGGCCCGCCCCACCCCCGCUCCUGGACCGGGGCGGCGGCCGGGGGGAGCUCCCAAACGUCCAGGAUGUCCACAGUCCCCCCUCAGAAGCCAAAUCCUCCCGAGGCCACAGCUGAGGGCAGGCUCUGAGCCACCCGGCCCUUCUCACUGAGCCGGACGCUGGGCACGCGGCCCCCGUGGCGUCCCCUCCCCAGGGCAGCAGGCUUGGGCCAGGGCCCACUCCGGUCCUGCGCCGGCCCCCCGAGGUACGCAGCUUCCUGCAGGCCUGCCCCGCCCAGCCCUGCCGUCGCCCCGCCUCUGCCCCAGGCCGGGCCUCCAGCAUGUCGGCCCCGAAGCCCGGUGCUGUCCAGACCUCCACGCUCUCUCCCUGACCCCCGCCCAGCCAAAUGUGAAAACCCCGCUGACCCCCAACCCCCAAAGGUGUCUCUGAAGCCUCUUCUCUGGGGCCACCAGCGGCACGGGCGUUUCUGUCCUCCUGAAGCUGGCCCAGCUGUGCUCGCCCCAGUCCGGCCUCACCCCUGGGGAGGGCCCCCUCCCGGCCCCUCUCCCCUCCCUCCUACCGGGCCUGGAGGAGGAGGAGGAGGAGGAGGAGGCCAGUCCCAGAAAGCCUGGGGCCUGACGAGGCAGUGGAGGCGGUGCCCCCUACGUGGGGUCCCCGGGCCCUGGCACUUUAGUCCCCAGCCCCACCAGGCACGUGGUCCUGAGCCGGCAGGGCAGGGAGGGAAGGGGGUGAGCUCCACAUUCCUCAAGUCCAAGCCCAGGAGCCCAGGAACUGAGCCGGCCCGGUUCUGGGAAUACCAGCCGGUAGGGGUCUGCACCCUGACCAUGCCAGGGUGGGCGGCAGGUGCGAGGGCUCCAGCUCUGUGGCCGUGGCGAGCACCCAGCCCUCAACCCCACCGCGGGGUGAGAUGACAUCACGCCUUCUCCCGUGGGGUGAGUCGGCCCUCGGGAUUGGGCAGGAGACAGGCCCCCGGGGAGACCGUGGCCGGUGCCCUCGCCCAGACCCCCCGUGUCAGCCCGCCUACUGCAGGGCCCACCUCCAGCUCUCCUGGAGUGUCCCUGGGUCGAGCCGCGGCCCCACGGCCCCCAGGCGGCCCUCCUCUUGCGUGGCGCCUCACGCAGCCCCACGGUCCCGCUCUCUGAGCGUGGGGAGGCCGCCGGGCCCCCGCCCCUCGGUACAGCCCGGGGCGCUCUGGGCGGGGGAGCCCCCGAGGGCGAGGGUAGGGCGGCAGGUGUGGGGGCAGAGGCCAGAGCACAGGCUCCUGCUUGGCCGCCCCACACACCCGAAUGUACGUGCGUAUUUAUUGCUCACACGUGUGUUUGCCAUGUUGUCAAGGGGUCCUUUCCAACCCAAGAGGUACAUUUGUUCUUCUGUUUUUCCCGAAAAAAAUAAAGUCUGCCAAGCGAA